AUGGCAUCUCAGGCUGGUGGCGCUGAUGCCAAGAGCAUCUCUGCAUAUGGACAGGCUCGCUCAACUCUGCAGGGGAAGCCUCUCAGCUCCGAUGAAGUCCGCAAGAUGAACGAGUAUUUCCGUGCUAGCAUGUACCUCUGUCUUGGUAUGCUGUAUCUUCGAGACAACCCACUCCUCAAAGAGCCGUUGAAAUUGGAACAUCUCAAGGCCCGACUUUUGGGUCACUGGGGAUCAGAUGCUGGUCAGUCAUUCACAUGGAUCCACAUGAACCGCCUCAUCAAGAAGUACGAACUGGAUGUCCUCUUCAUUUCGGGCCCCGGACACGGUGCCCCAGGAAUCAUCUCCCAGUCGUAUCUGGAGGGUGUCUACUCUGAAGUCUAUCCCGACAAGAGCGAGGAUGCGGAGGGGAUGCAGAGAUUCUUCAAGCAAUUCUCUUUCCCGGGCGGUAUCGGCAGUCACGCAACUCCUGAGACUCCUGGUAGCAUCCACGAGGGUGGUGAGCUGGGAUACUCAAUCUCUCAUGCCUUCGGAACCGUUUUCGAUAACCCAAACCUCAUUACAUUGACCAUGGUUGGAGAUGGAGAGGCUGAGACUGGCCCACUCGCAACUAGCUGGCACAGUACCAAAUUCCUCAAUCCCUGCGUGGAUGGUGCUGUCCUCCCGGUUCUUCACCUCAAUGGUUACAAGAUCAAUAACCCAACCGUUCUUGCUCGAAUCAGUCAUGAUGAGCUGACAAAUCUUUUUGUCGGUUACGGCUGGAAGCCUUACUUCGUGGAAGGUAGCGACUUUGACAGCAUGCAUCAAGCCAUGGCUACUACCCUUGAGAAGUGUGUGCAGGAGAUCAGAGAGUAUCAACAGCAAGCGCGCUCAUCCAAGAAGCCGUUCCGCCCACAAUGGCCGAUGAUUAUUCUUCGCUCUCCGAAGGGAUGGAGUGCUCCUCGCGAGAUUGAUGGAAAAUACCUUGAAGGCUUCUGGCGCGCACACCAGAUUCCCAUCACUGACGUCCGCACCAACCCGGCGCACUUGAAGGUGCUGGAGGACUGGAUGAAGGGUUACAAGCCGGAAGAGCUGUUUGACAAAAAUGGAAAAUUGAUUCCGGAGCUCAAAGAGCUUGCUCCCACCGGUAACUUCCGCAUGAGUGCCAACCCCGUUGGUAACGGCGGUCUUCUGCGCAAGCCGCUCAUUAUGAAUGACUUCCGGGAAUAUGGCUUCAAAGAUAUCGUGCCAGGACAGACAAUCAAGGGAGGCAUGGCCAACAUGGCUGGAUUCCUGCGUGAUAUUGUCGCCAAGAACAAGACCAACUUCCGCCUCUUUGGUCCUGAUGAGACCGAGUCCAACAAGCUCUCAGAAGUUUACAAAGCAGGAAAGAAGGUCUGGAUGGGUGACUACUUUGAAGAAGACAAGGACGGUGGAAAUCUUUCUCCCGAUGGACGUGUGAUGGAGAUUCUCAGCGAGCACACUUGCGAAGGAUGGCUCGAGGGCUACAUCCUGUCUGGUCGUCAUGGAAUACUUAACAGCUACGAGCCUUUCAUUCACGUCAUUGAUUCCAUGGUCAACCAGCACUGCAAGUGGAUCGAAAAGUGUCUCGAGGUCGAAUGGCGUGCCAAGGUCGCCUCUCUCAACAUUCUCCUCACCGCCACUGUCUGGAGACAAGAUCACAAUGGGUUCACUCACCAGGAUCCUGGGUUCCUUGACGUAGUCGCCAACAAGAGCCCACAAGUUGUUCGAAUCUACCUUCCUCCUGACGGCAACACGCUCCUCUCAGUAAUGGACCACUGCCUUCGCAGUGUCAACUACGUGAACGUCGUCGUCGCCGACAAACAGGAGCACAUCCAAUUCCUCAGCAUGGAUGAUGCCGUCGACCACUGCACUAAGGGUCUCGGAAUCUGGGAAUGGGCAAGCAAUGAUCAAGGCUGCGAGCCUGAUGUUGUCAUAGCAUCCUGCGGCGAUGUCUCGACUCACGAAGCCCUGGCAGCUACCGCACUGUUGCGCGAGUACCUUCCCGAUCUCAAAGUCCGCUUUGUCAAUGUUGUGGACUUGUUCCGAUUGAUCUCUCGUAUCCACCACCCUCACGGUAUGCCCGACCGGAAGUGGAAAGCCAUUUUCACGGACAAUAAACCAAUUGUGUUCAACUUCCACUCGUAUCCCUGGCUCAUCCACCGGUUGACCUACAAGAGGCCUGGUCAGCACAACCUGCAUGUGCGCGGUUACAAGGAGAAGGGUAACAUCGAUACGCCAUUUGAGCUAGCUAUGCGCAAUGGAACCGAUCGAUACAGUCUUGCCAUUGAUGCGAUUGACUUGGUUCCUUCUUUGGGCAAUACGGCUGCGGGUGUUCGGGAGAAGUUGAUCAACCUCCAGCUUGCAGGUAAGAGUGAGGCCUUCAACAAUGGGAUUGAUCCCGAUUACAUUCGGAAUUGGGCUUGGCCUUAUUCUAAGAAGACCUGA